UACCUUUUUAACAGAUUUUCUUAAGGAAUAAAUUUGUGUUUGUUACUCUCUGCAACUUUGUACGCUUAGAACAGUUAUUAAAAUGGACCUCUUUGUAAGAUGCUUUAGAGCAUUGAUUUGAUCACAAAUAGACUGUAGGAAAUUAUGCUUGCUUUAUUCCAGCAGUGUCUUUCAGAUGUAAAGAUGCAUGAGAAACAGAGGAUUUUAAUGCUUUUUUUUCCAAACUAAAAAUCAUAGUAAAAAUAUUGAUUCAACUAUACAUUCCAAAACUUUAUUUGCAAGUUUUCAAAAAAUGCUGUACUGUAUAGCUAGUAUAAAUGGCUAGUGACUCUCUAACACUGGUAAUGGCAUAAGCAUCAGAAAGUGUAAACAUGGUUAUGAGGCCUAAAUUCAAGUCAGAUUGGUAGAAAUGUGAUUUAUGCACAUUAAGAUAGGUUUAUAAUUAGGAAAAUCCAGCUAGUAAAGCUAUUUUGAACUAGUGAGGUACAAAAAUUAAUGUAUUGCAGUUUAGGUCGUAGGCUUAAGUUAUAUGUUGAUUGUAUUAAGAGUGCAUCUCAGCCAGGAAAAAAAAAAAAAAGGCUAGCUCUGUUAUUUCAGGAGCUCUGCAGAUAGAAUCAUGCUAAACUCCUUGGUAGCAGGUAGGUCACUUUAACUAGAUGUGCAAACAUGCUCCACAAGUCCAACUACAACUACUCAGUUUCCAGUGAUUAUACAAAAUCAGGUGCACACUUCACAGCUGUUGAUAAGUUGCACUCAUAUGAAAUAUCUAUUCUGUGGUUUCAGAUUAUUUUUUUCAGUAUAAAAAUCAGGAUGUUGUGUAGUUUUGUAGUGGAAACGACUGUAUUGUGUGUUUUAAAUCAAACUCUUUACUCCUCUAAAUAAUAGUAAAUGAAGACCAGUAGAAUUAAUUAGACUAUUGUAAUAAUUGAAAAAUAUUUUUUCCUCUUGUUCAGCAGAUCAGUUUGUCUAGAAAUUUGUGCAUCAAAAUUCCAACUGAUGUUAUAAAACAGAGAAACAUGGAAUCCUGGUUUAAGGGGCUUAAAAGGAGAAAAUAACCUUUCUGUAAUUACAGUUGUCACCAUGCUAGUGGAAUUCCACUAAUGUGGUGUUGCAUAAAGCCUCACUUGCCCCUCCCACAUGCACUAAAUAUAAAUGUGCAUGAGCAGCAAAAGCAAUUUUCCAAAUAGCUGGAUCAGCCAAACAGUGUUUGUACAUAAUUAUGUAUGUGAAUGCUAAAAGCUGUGGUCACACAGUGUGAGAAGCCUGAUGAAUACAAAGAAUCAUAAUCAUAUUUUAUUACGAAGUUUUGGUGCUGUGUUCUCUUGUUGUUGGUCUGAAAAAUUAAUAAUUUAUCUUGUUGUACUGUCUACAUUAAUUUCCUCAUUUGGAAACUAAUGUAAUUUUAGGUGAAUGUUUCUGUGUAGUCCUACUCUUCUUGAGGUACUAACUAGUUUACAUCUGCUCGAAGCCUGGAAAGCUCCUUCUUGUGAACUGUGUUGCACUGACAUGGAGUUACUGUUUCUUGGAAAACUUUAUUCUUGAAUCUGUGAAUCGAAAUAGUUCAAAGAUGUCAGUGAUUGCAAGGAUGUAGUAAAGCUGAUGUGCUCAGAGCCUUCCUGGCUGAUUGUCCCUGCUGGUGUACCUCCUCACUUUCUCUUGUCUUGUAUGGGAGCAGUGCCAGAAAGCAAUGUGAGGAAUGUGUCUAAACAACUUGUCUCCUAAAUCUGCAUCACAUUUUUCAAUUUACUUUUUUUUCUUAAAAAGCUUGUUAGGACUUUAAGUUACAAACAUUCCCAUUGGAAGAAGGCGUUGUGGGAAUAAAAUGAUGUGUUGCUCUAUUUCAAAAGAACUGUAAGUGCUUUAAAGCAUAGAAAAUCUGAACACCGUUAGCAGAAGGAUCAUGUUUUGAGCGUUUGAUAUGUGUGGCAGACUCAAUGCCAGAAGCUGGUUGUGAUUGUGGCAAGGCUUUUCCUUUUCCUUCCAGUGGUGUACAAAAUGGUUAUUCUACUGCUUUAAAAAAAAAAAAAAAAAAAAAAACAACUUUUGUAGUUUACAUGUCUUACGAGAUUCAUCUUGUUUUGUAUUAAAUAUAGUCCAUAUUGACAGUGCAGAUUAUAAGCUCAUGAAGGAGCAUGUGUUUCUGUUUUUGUCUGGUUGGAGAUUAUCCCUUAAGCACGCAGGGUCUAGGUGUGCAUUUUUGGAUUUGCCGACUCAGGAAAGCUCGAGAUAGCAUUAAAGGCCAGUGACACAUUCUGCAGCUGCACUUAGGUUGCUGCUCCUCUGAGCAAGAACUCUUGCUUGACCCAUAGUUGAAAAAAUGGCAAGAAGAAAUGUCCUUAUUACAGGUUGUUCCUCAGGAAUUGGAUUGGCCUUAGCUGUAAAAAUGGCAAAAGAUGAACAGGAAAGAUUUAAAGUGUAUGCCACAAUGCGGAAUCUGGCCAAGAAAGAUGCACUUGAGGAAGCUGCAGGUCAUAAUCUGGGCAAAACCUUGGAAAUUAAGCAACUGGAUGUCUGUGAUGAACAGUCCAUUAAAACCUGUGUGAAUAGUAUCCCUGACAGGAGGAUUGAUGUCCUAGGCAACAAUGCUGGAAUGGGGCUCAUCGGACCAAUUGAAUGUCAGACUAUUGAUGAAAUGAAAACUGUGAUGGAUACCAACUUCUUCGGACUGGUUCGACUCCUAAAGGAGAUUUUGCCUGACAUGAAGAAGAGAAAGAGCGGCCAUAUAGUUAUAAUAAGCAGUGUUAUGGGAAUACAAGGUAUUUUAUUUAAUGAUGUUUAUGCUGCAUCUAAGUUUGCAGUGGAAGGAUUCUGCGAAAGUUUAGCUAUACAAGCACUCAAGUUCAAGCUGCAGUUAAGUCUGAUUGAACCGGGUCCAGUGGUUACAGAAUUUGAAAGAAAAGUGUUUGAAGAUGGAAUGAAAAUGGAUCUUUCAGCUGCAGAUGAGGAAACAGCUGACAUGUUUACUAAUAUUUACCUUAAAAAUUACAAACAAAUUUUUCAGAGCCUUGGACAAAGUGCUGAGGAAGUUGCAGAGCAUACAGUAAAGAUAAUACUUGCGGAAAAUCCACCUUUUCGCCAUCAGACAAAUACCUUGUAUACGCCUAUGACAACACUGAAAUAUGCAGAUCCAAAUGGAGAUCUACCCAUCGAUAUAUUCUACAAAAUGGUUUUUCAUCAUGACAAAAUCUUCAGUGCAAGUCUUAACUUCAUCAAAUUACUGAGGUGGAGAAGCAGAAAAAGCUUUGACCUGGGAAAAUCCUCGUCACAAUAAGUAUGAGAUUGUACAAGCUGGAAUAUUAGUUACAGCUGCUGCUAACGCCAUGUUGUUGUUUAUCCUGUAACUGUAUAAAGGCAUUCAAGAUCUUUGAGCUUACAUAAGAUAAUCACCUCAGUUUAUGUUUAUCUUUAGUCUGCAGGAUGUUGCAAUUAAAACCCUCUAUCUACAGGUUUAGUCCAUCUUAGCAACUGCUAUUUAGAGUUCUCUUUUUGUGGAAAGAUAAACAUUAACUUAAAUUCUUAAGUAUUUACUAUCAGUCUGCUUCCCUUCAACUAUAACCUAACACGCAUGGAGAUGUGUACUGUGUUAGAAGGCUAUUAAGAAUUUAUAAUUAUAUUUGAUGUAUGAAAAGUUUCAUUGAUCUUGAAGAGCAACAACUAGAGUAUUAAUUAUUUCUAUUGAAGCUAAGGUAUUCUGAAUGCUUCCUUUAGAUGCUCUGACAAAUGUAUUAGAGGAGUGUUUUUUUGUUCUGUUCCGUUUUGUUUUUAACAAAUCACCUCAUAACACCUUGCUGUCUUCCCAGUAGUUUGGUAGUUUUGGUUUUUUGUUUAUUUUUAACAGAAGUAACUAUUUUACUGAAAGGAGAUAAGAGCUUUUUAUUGCUGACAAUUUUUACGUGGAAAAAAAUUGCAAAUUCGUUAGAAUUCACCUUUAAAAUAAAUAAAAUGCAAGUCAAUACAGCAGAAGCAGCUGAAGGAGUAGCA